AUGGCAGCUGGAAUGGUGAAAUCCAUUGACGAAAAAGUCGAUGAGGAUUUUUUGUUCUUUUUAGAUCAUUUUAAUGAACCGUUUAAUAAGUUAAAAUCUUUAAGUGAUAAAGAAAUAUGCAGUAAAUGGUUAGAUAAACUCGCAAUUGAACCAUAUAAGACAACAAAUGAAAAACAAACACGUAAUAUAUAUUUAUCACAAUUAAUUUUAAAGAUGAUUGGCCGUAAACUCAGCGCUCCGUUUAACGAACCCCCUAAACCAGAUACGUUGUCUCUGGAUGGCGUUUUUAAGGAAAUUACUACUAAACCUAUUUUAGAAGCACUAAGUGAAAAAGAAAUUAACGAUAACAAAAGUAAAUGGUCUCAAUUUAUUCGAAACCGGGAAUUGGAAAUUAUCGACUUAAAUCAUCUAUCAAAUGAUGGACGAACCUAUAUAGCAUGCAGAACUUUACCCGAAAAUAAUGGUUUAUUUGCAUACGUAGCUGUAACUAUAGGCGAUACGACAUGUGGAUGGGUUAAUCCGUGUGGUCAACCAAUACCCGCACCUGUAGCAAAGCCAUUAGAUUUAAAAGUGGACUUAUCUAAUGUACAGAAUAGUAAAAGUCGACAGGAAAACGUUAUGUAUCAAUUUACGGCCGAAAUUAAAUCAAUUUUGCUAAAACGAAAGGCACCGGAAAUUCGGAUGUUAACUUAUGAAUUUUUCAAAAAAGUAUACAGUAGUAUCGAACAAGAGAUGUUGAGUGAAGAGGAUCCUAACAGUACUGCAUGUCACGAUCCAUACGUCGAAAUUCUGCUUGAAAAACUAAUAAUCGAGAGUAAAGGAUGUGAAAACUUCAAUCCACACCUGUUCAAAAAAAUGAAAAUGCUCUCAAAGUUGAAAAAACGAGUGAAAAAUAUAAUACGAGACAUCGAAGAGCGUAACAAUAAAUUAUCCGAAAUAGAAGUCGCUUCGACGACUGCAAUACUAACUCUAACUAGCCCCGCAUCUACCUGUUCGAACUCAGUGUCUGAAAUGAUGUGGGAUAGAGCUUUGGCGGAAAAACCCACUACUAAAGUAACUGACGCACUGGCGAAAACAUACCCCAUUUGCUUGGUUCAAAUGUUCUUAUCUAUAUUGGUGAGAGAACGCCAGAAAAUCGUCCUUCGACUUCUAGAAAAACAAGAGAAUUUAAUAGUGGCCAUGAGAAGAGACCUACAAAAUGAAAUAAAACGUGGCAUAUUGGAUUAUAAAGUUGCCAGGAGAGAAUGGUUGGACGUCAUGAGGGUAUUAAUACAUUACAACAAGAUAAAAGCAAGUUUGGCCGAAAAAGACAACUUUGGCACUGUUACCAAAGGCGAUUAUCUAGAUGAUGCGAUUCGCAAGGAAAUUAACGAUACUAGGAGACGCCUGGAGAAAAUGAAUGGGAAAAAUGAGAAGUUGCAAGAUGAUAUUUGCGAGUUGAAUAAAACAUUACACGAGAUGAUGGAGAAAAUUGAUAUGGAACAAGUACAAACCGAUAAUCUGUUGCGUGAUUUUCAAAAUGAGAUAAACAACGAAAAAAAUCUAAUUACGGAAAGGGCUCAAACUAUCGAUCAGUUGGGUGGGAUGUUAAAAGCACAAAAAAAAUCUGUUUUUUAA